AUGAAGAACUGGAGUGGAGGACACGUGGCAGAGUUUGUUUUGGUGGGCUUCCCCACCUCCUCCUCUGUACAACUGCUUCUCUUUGGCCUUUUCCUUACACUCUACCUGAUGACCUUGCUGGAGAAUGUACUCAUUGUGUCCACAGUCUGGCUCAUGCCAAGCCUCCAUCGUCCAAUGUACUUUUUUCUUGGCCAUCUUUCCUUUCUGGAGUUAUGGUACAUCAAUGUCACAGUUCCCCGACUCUUGGGAGCUUUCCUUACACAGAACCGGAAGAUCUCCUAUGUAGGCUGCAUGACCCAGCUCUACUUCUUCAUUGCACUGGCCUGCACUGAAUGUGUCUUGUUGGCAGUCAUGGCUUAUGACCGCUACCUGGCCAUCUGUGAGCCCCUCCGUUACCCUAGUCUCAUGACCUCCAGCUUGGCCACUCGCCUUGCUCUUUCUUCUUGGGGGAGUGGCUUCUUCAGUUCUAUGAUGAAGCUUCUCUUUAUUUCUCGACUGUCCUAUUGUGGCCCCAACAUCAUCAACCACUUUUUCUGUGAUAUUUCCCCACUACUUAACCUCACCUGCUCAGACAAGGAGCAGGCAGAGCUAGUGGACUUUCUCUUGGCCCUGGUGAUGAUUCUACUCCCUUUGUUGGCUGUGGUUUCCUCAUAUGCUGCCAUUAUUGCAGCCAUCUUGAGGAUUCCUACUGCACAGGGACGCCACAAAGCUUUCUCCACCUGUGCCUCUCAUCUGGCCGUGGUUGUUAUUUACUACUCCUCCACUCUCUUUACCUAUGCACGGCCCCGGGCUAUGUACACCUUCAACUACAACAAGAUCAUCUCUGUGCUCUACACUGUCAUUGUACCAUUUCUCAAUCCUGCCAUAUAUUGCCUAAGGAACAAGGAGGUGAAGAAUGCUCUCAGAAAGGCAGUGUUGGGCAGGUGCUUCUCUCUCAGGGAUGCUCCUGGUUGA